AUGGUAUCAAAAGCUGAUGUUCCUCAUCAACAGCUAAAAGAAGAAGUGAAGCCGAAGAACGUUGUAGUAGACGGAAGAAAUAAAAGAGCACUUAAAGACAUUGGUAAUUUGGAGAGUGAUCGUGCUUUACAACUGAAGAAACCAGUCACAGAUAUUAGUAAUGUGGUUGGAGCUGGGAGAGGUCCUAUGGCAACAAGGGCAACUACAAAAAAGCUAGUUGAGAAGAAGCAUGCACCUGAGACGGUGAUUGUGAUAAGCUCUAAUGAUGAAAGUGAGAAGAGUAAAACUGUUGGCAGAAGAGUAUCAAAUGGAAGGGUCUUCGAGGAAGGAGUCAUAACCCUCACUAAUCCUGACUGCUCGGAGCAAGGCUGCAUGUGGACUUGUCAAAAGGCCAGAGGAAUCACUGGUGAACAUAGAUGUAACUGAUGUUGAAAAUGAGUUGGUUGUUAUUGAAUAAGUUCAUGGUAUCUACAAGUUCUACAAGCUCACAUAAGCUGAUGGUAGGGUGCAUGACUAUAUGCACUUGCAGUUAUAUAUAAAUGCGAAGAUGAGAUCAAUUCUUGUAGAUUGGUUGGUUGAAGUUCAUCACAAAUUUGAACUAUGCCAUAAACUCUUUACCUUACCAUAAAUAUAAUCGAUUGAUUCCUUGCGGUAAAGGUUGUACCAAGGAGGGAGCUUCAAUACGUUGGCAUCAGCUUUACGAUCAUUGCAGGCAAGUAUGAAGAAAUAUGGGCACCAGAGAUUGGUGACUUUAUUUGCAUAUCAAAUAAUGCCUACACCAGAGAACAGGUCUUUGGCAGUGGGAAAAAACCAUCUUGGGAAAGUUGGAAUGGUAUUUAACUGUUCCCACACCAUAUGUCUUCCUUGUUAGAUACAUCGAAGUCUCAGUUCUAUCUUAUAAGGAGAUGGAGAAUAUGGUGUUUCCUUGACUGUAAUUGGUCGAAUGCAAUAACUAGUGGUCAUCAUGUACUGCCUCUUGUUCUUGCUGCAGCGGCUGUGUAUGCUGCACGUUGUACCCUUGAUACCCUUGAUAAGAACCCAUUUUAGACAGAAACUCUAAAACGUCACACAAGUUACAAUGAAGAUACGUUAAUGGAUCCUGAAGAACUCAAGAAAGCAUUUUAUUAAAGAAUCUAUAAACUAAAGUUCUAAAA